UUGUGACAGGUGAUGGUUUUCUCGAGGAGAGAUUUGAACGGCCAAUGCUGCGCCGAUUCCCGGUAUAGGGUUUCGAGCCGACGUGAAAAUUAAACGUGGUCAGUCUUGUCAGAACUCUUGCUUAGACUGAAGGACUCUACUUAUUUUAGAACAAACAAAAUGGACAAGAGCUUGACUUGGGUGAUUCUAUUCGUCCUCGUUGACAUCUCCUUGGCUCGGGACGAACGAUUUUUCAGUUUGUUCAACGUGGUCAAGUUCAAGAACGAAGGCUGUGUGGGAACAGGGGGCGAACAUGGAACUUGCCUCACCAAAAGUGAAUGUGCAUCCACCGGUGGAACCACCAUUGGCAAUUGUGCAUCCGGUUUCGGUCUGUGCUGUAAAAGCUCAAUUUCAGCAUGUGGAAGCACGGUGACACGCAAUUGCACCUACAUUACUAAUCCUGGUUAUCCUGGCUUUCAGACAGGGGCCACAAGUUCAUGCUCAUAUACUUUCAGCCGCAUCGUUAAUGAUUUGUGCCAAAUCCGCUUGGACUUCAUUUCCACUCAGAUGGGAGUGAGUGACACUGGCCUUUGCACCGACUCGAUUACGGUGACCAGUCCCACACGUUAUAGCCCCCCUGUGGUUUGCGGCAUGUUAGAUGGACAACACAUGUACCUAGAAACUGGACAGGCUGGAAUCGCAGGAAUGAUUUCCUUCAACUAUGGUGCUGCUGGUGCUGCUGGUGCUCUUGCUACCACUGGUACUCAACGACACAAGGUUAAGGUCACUUACUACGAGUGCUCAAGUCCCUCCAGAGCCCCCGCAUUCUGCACGCAAUAUUUCACUGGCAUCGGUGGAAAUUUCCAAUCCUAUGCUUAUGGUAGCAUGGUCAUGUUGCACAAUCAACGUUAUCGCACUUGCUUCCGAAGAGAGUCUGGUUAUUGCAACACUGAUUUCUCAGCUACAAGCCUAGAAUCGUUUAAGUUGCUGGACGGUGGAAUGGCUGGAAAAGCCAAAACGAUGGAAUGCACUUUUGCUUUUGUGACAGUUGGUCUUCCUGCGCCCACUGCGGCAAUGAUUUGUGGAGAGCGAUUUGAUGCCGAAGAGGGCAGCAAUCUCAAUGGAAUUAUCCGAGCUCGUGCCGAACCUUUCUACUUGGACACUUUCUCCUUAGAGCCUACGAUGGCCGAGAAAGGAUACGACUUGACUUACAGACAAUCUCCAUGCUCAUAGAUAUGUAUAUUGUUACUAGUCUUAAAUGAAUUUCUAUUUCAAAGUGUUGUCAAUAAAUAAUUUCAGAUUGA